CGUAGUAUGUUUUCUCUCUCUGACCAUCUUGCCCAGUGUAUACAUAUGACUUCUGAAUACAAAAUGUAUGAGAACAGAUAUGACUUCUAUUAAAUAUUGCUUUCCAGCAGAUGGACUGUGUUUCUGGAAUAUAAAUCCAUCGGAGGGACAUCUUAUUAUAUCUCCAGAUUGUAAGGCAGAAGAUACCGACAUUCCACAAUAUUCUCCCAAAGUCACCUCUGAUUGGUUGGUUAGAUCAUCAGAUCCUUCCAAUCCUGAGGAACCUUCUGAUAAAUCCCAUACUAUGACAUCAGAUGUCCUUCCAAGUUCUCACAGUGCUGACCGAUCACCAGAUCCAUCCAAUCCCCAGACAUCUUCUUCAAGCCAUAAGAAGGUUCACACAGGAGAGCGUUCAUUGUCAUGUUCAGAGUGCGGGAAAUGUUUCAAAUGCAAAAAAGAUCUUAUUGUACACCAGAGAAGUCACACCGGUGAGCGUCCUUUCCUUUGUUCAGAGUGCGGAAAAUCUUUCACUACAAACAAAAUCCUUCACAGGCACCAGCAAAUUCACACGGGUGAGCGUCCUUUUUCAUGUCCAGAUUGCAAGAAAAGUUUCGUUCGGAAAUCAGUCCUGGUUUCUCAUCAAAGAAUUCAUACGGGUGAGCGUCCUUUCUCCUGUUCAGAGUGCGGGAAAUGUUUUGUUAACAAAAGAACCCUUAUUGUACACCACAGAACUCACACAGGUGAGCGUAAUUUUUCUUGCUCAGAGUGCGGGAAAAGACUCCUUACAAAACAAGCACUUUUUAUACAUCAGAGAAUACACACGGGUGAACGUCCUUAUUCAUGUUCAGAGUGUGAGAAAAGUUUCAUUGAAAGAAAACACCUUCGUAGACAUCUGAGAAUUCACACGGUUGAGCGUUCUUUUUCAUGUUCAGAAUGUGGGAAAAGUUUCACUCGGAAACAACAACUUAUUGCACACCAGAAUAUUCACACAGGUGAGCGUCCUUUCCCUUGCUCAGAGUGCGGGAAAUGUUUCCUUCAAAAAGUAAAACUUACUGAACACCUGAGAAUUCACUCUGGUGAACAUCCUUUCCCUUGUUCAGAGUGCGGUAAAUGUUUCUCUAAAAAACACGAUCUUAUUAGACACCAGAGAACUCACACUGGCGAGCGUCCUUAUACAUGCUCAGAGUGCGGGAAAUCUUUUUCUCAGAAAGGACCUCUUGUUGAACAUCAGAGAAUUCACACAGGUGAGCGUCCUUAUUCGUGUUCAGAGUGCGGAAAAUCCUUCCUUCAUAGAGGAUACCUUGCCAAACAUCGGAGAAUUCACACAGGUGAGCGCCCUUAUGCCUGUCCACAGUGCGGGGAAUCUUUCUCUUAUAAAGCAGCCCUUGUUAAGCAUCAGAGAAUUAACACAGGUGAGCAUCCCUAUUCAUGUUUAGAGUGCGGGAAAUCUUUCACUCAGCAAGGAAACCUUGUGCAACACCAGAGAUUUCACACAGGAGAAAGUCCUUAUUCAUGUUCAGAGUGCGGGAAAUCUUUCAAACAUAAGGGAAGCCUUCUGAAACACCACAGAAGACACACCACAGAGCGGCCUCAUUGCAUUCAGAGUUCGGGAAAUGGAUCACAUAGAAAAUAUAUCGGGGACAUCAGAGAGAACCCACUUGCUGAUUGAUUGACAAAUGUACAAUAACUUUUCCAGGUGGAACUGUUGAGUCCAUAGAACAUCUGGAGGAUAAAUAGUUUUUUAGAGGGGUACAUCCCGGCAGAAGUGAUAUUUCAUUUGUAGGAGGAGUUUGAUGGACCGAGUCUUCUUCUAUUUUGUGACGGAACUCCUUGGCACCCCUCUUAGGUGCUUCCACCAAACCGUGCCUCCUGCCCUCCAAACCACUCCAGCAGACCGGGACCCAAUACCAGCCCUUUUACCCCAAACGUCGGACACAGACAAGAUUUUGCAGUAACACCAAAGGAAUGACCGUUUAUUGAACAGAAGUACGGGUUUUUAUACACUUCAAAAGUAGGGCAGUCACCCCAUGGACAAUAAAACCAAAUAUUACCCAAAACAUCACACCAUGGUUUAGAUAACGAGCUGGAGUUGACACAAGGUUAAUUCCAUCAUAAGUACCUCCUAGAGAUAGCUAAAUUAUCCAACAGACAGAAACAAUAGGUGACUUAAUUAACAAUGGGAUUUCGCACAUAGACAAUGCUUUGAUUAAUCAGGGAUCCCAGACUGUCCGGCAACAGCAUUCAAGAAAGCCCAGGGCUGUCCAAAUCUCAUUAACCAGCUUUCUUUUCCCAUACAUCUGCUCACUGAGUUUGAAGUUGGCAGAGACCUUAAUCGGACACAGACAAGAUGUUGAGGUAGAACCAAAGGAUUGACUGUUUAUUGAACAGAAGUACGGAUUUCUAUACACUUCAAAAGUAGGGCAGUCACCACAUGGACAAUGAAAAACAAAUAUUACCCAAAACAUCACAAAGUGGUUUAGAUAACGAGCUAACGUUGAACACCGUUACAUAGUAGGUGAGGUUGAAAAAACACAUAAGUCCAUCAAGUCCAACCUAUGUAUGUGAUUAUAGGUCAA